UAGAAAGUGACAAGGGUUGUUUGAUUUUGGUACGGUAAGAAGGUUCUGCUUCGUACCCAGACGAGGGCUUCGAUCCCGUUCCGCACUACGUUUUAGGUACAAAGCAUCAACUUUUCGCAAGUUGGCUGACUUCACUACUGCCAUCCCUCCUGAGUUCGACUGAACGGCAUAUGAACAUGUUUUUUCCACAUCGUGCACCAUGGAGACGACGCCCAGGAUCCUCAACUCGAUAUCGGUCAUCAUUCGAGGCACUAAAUCAUACUCCCUCUUCAUUGAAUACACACUUUUACGGAUGCUCUUUGAUUGCCUACCUCUUCGUAUGUCGAAAAAUGAGCAAGGCCUCUAUCCUGAUAUGGUUGGACGGGCAACCAUGUGCCACCAUACUACUCUACAGUGACUUCAACAUGAUCCAGAGGAGAACGUACAAGGCACAAGAGUGCAGCAACAGACCGGCAAAGAGGAGUACGCUUUAGCUUUCUCGACGAGCGAGCUGGGCGCCUACCGUGCGUAAUGA